CUUUCAGUUUGUCGAGAACUGUUUGUCUGAACGCCCCCAAGAAAAAGCCGAGCGGAGCAAACAGCGGGACGCAGUUUGGGCCAAGUUUUUGUGGCCACCGUGCGUGCAGGAAGAGCUGAGAAAAUUUUCAAAGAAAAAUAGUUUUUCCAAAAGAAAAGGCCAGAAAAGAAUUUAGCGCAGCGCAAGCGGGGAAAAUGUACACGAAAUAGUGCGGAAAAAUGUGCGGCUAACGGAAAGAAACGGAGGAGGUGGGAAGAGUCGCUGCACAUCAACACAACUGGAGUACACAGGAAACUUUUCAUAUCCCCGCAGUGAACAAUAAAAGCAAACGUAGCAGCAGCCACAGCAAAAUGACAGCAAUAAGUUUAAGCAAUAAAACACAGCUAGCGAGAAGUUGCAAACAUGCACUCGCAGCACAAUAAGGACGGGCAGCGGACGAAAGCUUUAACAUAGGAGUUCAUCACCGGACUCCCCAUCCCGAAGAGAUUUCGGGAAUCCCCCACACAACUGCCAAAUAAUAUAGGAACUAGCCAAGCCACAGAGGGCGGAACCCAGCGAGGAGCGGAGGAAAGGAGCGUCCCACAGUCAGCCGGACACUGAAACAUUCCACCCCAUAGCAUGGCCUCGGUCGCCGCUUGGCUGCCCUUCGCCCGGGCGGCGGCCAUCGGGUGGGUUCCGAUAGCCACCCACCCACUGCCACCGCCCCCGAUGCCCAAGGACCGCCGCAAAACGGACGACGAGAAGCUCCUGAUCAACGUCUCCGGCCGGCGCUUCGAAACGUGGCGGAAUACCUUGGAGAAGUAUCCAGAUACUCUUUUAGGUUCGAAUGAGAGGGAGUUUUUCUACGACGAGGACUGCAAAGAGUACUUCUUCGACCGGGACCCGGACAUCUUCCGGCACAUACUCAACUACUACCGGACAGGCAAACUGCAUUAUCCGAAGCACGAAUGCCUCACCAGCUACGACGAGGAGCUGGCCUUCUUCGGCAUAAUGCCGGACGUUAUAGGGGACUGUUGUUACGAGGACUACCGGGACCGGAAGCGGGAGAACGCGGAGCGGCUAAUGGACGACAAGCUGUCGGAGAACGGGGAUCAGAAUCUGCAGCAGCUGACCAACAUGCGGCAGAAGAUGUGGCGGGCCUUCGAGAACCCGCACACGUCGACGAGUGCCCUGGUCUUCUACUACGUGACGGGCUUCUUCAUCGCCGUGUCCGUCAUGGCCAACGUGGUGGAGACGGUGCCGUGUGGCCACCGGCCGGGCAGAGCGGGAACCCUGCCCUGCGGAGAGCGCUACAAGAUCGUGUUCUUCUGCCUGGACACCGCCUGCGUGAUGAUCUUUACGGCGGAGUACCUGCUCCGUCUCUUCGCCGCCCCCGACCGCUGCAAGUUCAUGCGGUCGGUGAUGAGCAUCAUCGACGUGGUGGCCAUCAUGCCGUACUACAUCGGACUCGGGAUCACCGACAACGACGACGUGAGCGGGGCCUUCGUCACGCUGCGCGUGUUCCGCGUCUUCCGCAUCUUCAAGUUCUCGCGCCACUCGCAGGGACUGCGGAUCCUCGGCUACACGCUCAAGUCCUGCGCCAGCGAGCUGGGCUUCCUCGUCUUCUCGCUGGCCAUGGCCAUCAUCAUCUUCGCCACCGUCAUGUUCUACGCCGAGAAGAACGUCAACGGCACCAACUUCACAUCGAUUCCGGCGGCCUUCUGGUACACCAUCGUCACAAUGACGACGCUGGGAUAUGGCGACAUGGUGCCAGAGACAAUAGCUGGCAAAAUUGUGGGCGGCGUAUGCUCGCUCAGCGGUGUGUUGGUCAUCGCCUUACCUGUACCUGUUAUCGUAUCGAACUUUAGUAGAAUCUAUCACCAGAACCAGCGAGCGGACAAGCGCAAGGCGCAGCGGAAAGCUCGCCUGGCGCGCAUCCGCAUUGCCAAGGCCUCGUCCGGAGCCGCCUUUGUCAGCAAGAAGAAGGCCGCCGAGGCCCGGUGGGCUGCCCAGGAGUCUGGCAUCGAGCUGGAUGACAACUACCGGGACGAGGACAUCUUCGAGCUGCAGCACCACCACUUGCUGCGAUGUCUGGAGAAGACAACGGAUCGAGAAUUUGUCGAGUUAGAUAUUCCGUAUAACGGCCAGCCCAAAAGGCCGGGCUCUCCGUCGCCGAUGGCCAGUCCCGCCCACUCGACAAACAGCGCCGCCGGUCUGCUGCAGUCCUGCUGCGGCCGCUGCUGCUCGCAGCGCUACCAGGCCUGCGGCAAGUACAUGCCAGCUGCUAGCAAUGCUCAAAACAGCCAAAACAAUCAGCCCAUGGACGGCACCUACCUGGUGGAAGCCUCGUUCUGAGCCGGCAGCAGGUUUGCAUCCACAUCCUCAGCCACGGACGCAGCCUCAUCCCAAUCUAGAUCGAGAUGAUUUAUGUUUACGUUUAGUCUAACUUGAAAAGUUUUUAAACUAAAUUGCAUUCGUUUGUAGACCUUGUCGUGUGUGUGUAGUCGCCAAAAAAAAUUGAAAAUUGAUAAACCGCAGGAAAAACUGAUGACGAAAUACAAGUGUAAUCUCUAAAAUCUGAUUUUCGAGUUUAACGAACACGAUAUUUGAUUAAAUGUAAACAAUUGCAGACUCAAAUGAAAGCAUCUCUGAAUGUGUACAUUGUAAAGAGCACAUUUUAAAUGAAACAAGUAACAAAUGAAAUAAAAGUGCCGAACCCAGAUUCUGCGGCGGAAAAGUCGGAUUUGAUUAGCGAAGACCCGUUAAUGAAAAAAACAAAUAUUAAUUAUAAUAAUAUGCAACACUAUUUACUUUAUUUAGGUGACAAGACAACAACAGCAAACAACAGAAACCGAAGCAUUUUAGAGGAAUUUACUGUGUAUGUUUUAAUAAAGUGAACAUAAAGUAGCAUAGAAGGCAAAAUAGUUUGAAGAAAGUACUACCCAGAAGAAAGAUCCAGCAGAUCUAUAACCGAGGAAGGGCAGGGGUCCAAAAACCAAAAGAACAAAAACCGAACACAAUAAGGAAAUUUUAACAGCAAACGAUUUGUGUAGCCAGGAAACGAAGAAAAGAGAGCACAUCUAUGAGAAAAUUAUGAAAUUAUUAAUACGAAUUCUUGUAUUUUUUAAAUGGUCCGUAGUUUAGUAGGUAUGAUCAUCAUCGUCUAGUCCCUCUAUUGUUUCUCAUCAGCAAGAAUCUCUCGCUAGCAUUUAUGUGAAAACUUCAUUUCCUCCAAAAUAAAUUAUAUAGCAAAGAGGUUUCAGUUUGUCAUUCAUUCACCCUCUCCGAAGUACUCCAAAAUGAACUAAUCAAAAUCUAUUGAAAAACAAAAAUUACAACUUUCUUCCAAGAACUAAGUUAGCAAGGAAACCUAUUUAAAUGUAUAUGUGUGUGUAGGAAAGGCUUUAACGAAUUGGAACAUUAACUAACUAAAUGAACUCUUAGCAAAUUCUAACAGAAACUUAAAGUAUAUUAAUUAAUUCUAAAUUAAAAAUCAAACAUUUAAAAUUAGUUCGAGUAAACAACUUAAAAACAAAAUAAAUAUGGAGCUUGUAUGUAUGUAUGAUAAAUUUAUUAUGAUUACUCUAAUUAUUAUUAUGUCGGCGAUGAAUUCGAUGCUGACUGUUUGUUUCUAACUCUCUAAGUUGCCUACUAAUUUCCCAAGAGAACAAGCGAAACUUACAAAAAUCACUAACUUUUGUUUAGCAAAACGAAGUUGUGAAUAAAACGCAACAAAAGCGGUUAUGAUUAGAUCGAAAAUUUAUAAAAACCACAUCAAGAAGACAAACAACAAUUUGGUUACUUAGGCCAACUCUUGUAGCGAUAUUCUAAAAGAAAACCAAUCUAUCAAGUUAUAGAAAGUCGGAGUCGAGAUCCGAUGGAGGAAGACGACAUUUCUGUUUUGAUUUUUAGUGAUAUGUAAUUCGAAUUGAGGAACAGCAAAAACAAAUACUCUGCCACGGGUCUCUGAGAAUGAAAAAGCUAAAGAUUAAUAAUGAAUAAAAUAAAGAAAUCUGUUUACUUCCACCAAA